AUUUAAGGAUUCUUGAAGUUUCCCCAUCCCAUGACGGUGACGUCAUCAAGCUCCACACCUAUAGCAUUCCGACUGGCUGUGGCACAGGUGAGAAACCAGGCGUCACGUCGUCUUAACCGGAACCACAGAUUUGCAGCAUCAGCCACCACAAGAGAAAUUGCAACUUUGUAACCAUCUUGUCUCUCUUGGAGAGUGCAUGCUAGGUAUGAACUUACUGUUGUCAUAUGUGGACCUUAUACAUAAUCAACUACCUGUACUGUGUUGUUUUGUUAGGAAACACCAUAGAAACAAGCACAUCUGUAAACAAAAGAUUAGCCAUUAGGGCAAGGACAUAUUUGUUCUGUGAUGAGAGUCAUUUGUCACUAAGUGCUUGCCCCCGGGAUAGAGGCCUUCAACAAUAAAAAAGUAGAUUAUCCUGUCUUCUUUAUUCAGUUGACAGUCACCUGUAUCUUUAAUCAUUUAAUGUUUCAUGAUGAAGGUACUUAAAGACAAUAUCUAUUGCAAUUGACAUGCUAAAGGUCAAAUUUUAACACCUGCACAACUUCUCACAAUGUUGAAUAGUUUCCUUAUACUACUGAUGUAUGCCAUUAGGACAUAUUGUGGUUAUACCAGAUAGGAUGUGUGUUUGUCAAUAUCACAUGAAACUUACUUCUUACCUGUGUGUGUGUGUGUAUUGGUUCCCUAUAUCAUCUUUCUCUUCCAUGACUUGACUUACAAAAAUAUGACCAGAAAACUUAAGGGAAAUUUUCCUAUUUGGUUGUCAAAGCAAGCCUGUAUUGCCCUAAGCAAUAACUGUUGACAUGCCACAAAGAUUAGUACAAAGGGACACUAUAACUCUGUAAGUAUUGACGUUAUGUAUAUCCUUAAACAGAAGAUGGGAUUUUAUUGUGGCAUUUUGGAUGCACUAGUUUUCAUGCUAACUACAUUGUUUUUUGACCAGGCAUCACAACAUGAUAAUAACAAUGGCUGUAUUUUAUUCUGUCCUCUACCUAUGCUUCCUCUCUGCAUCUCACGGUAUUACACACAAUGGCUGACCUGCUUCUCUCACAAUGAAAUGUCCGCCACACCCACUUCAGUCUCACUGAACACCAUGGCUAACAUAACCCCCACCAUUGCCGCCGUGACGGGGAACACCACUAUGAACGGGACGGACAUCAUCGUGCCUUCCAGGAUGCCGCGGGAGGCGGACAGCAACUCCGUAAACUUCUACAUCGGGCUGACUCUGGCCAUCCUGUCCACCAUCUUCAUUGGUGCAAGUUUCGUCAUCAAGAAGAAAGCGUUGAUCAAGUUGUCGCAGUAUGGCACCAGAGCAGGAGAGGGAGGCUACGGUUAUCUGAAGGAGUGGCUGUGGUGGGCGGGGUUCUUCUCCCUGGGGUUUGGAGAGACGUUCAACUUUGCUGCUUACGCCUUCGCUCCUGCCACCCUGGUCACGCCAUUGGGAGCACUAAGUGUCCUUGUCAGCGCUGUGAUGUCCUCGUACUUCCUGAGGGAGCGGCUGAACCUUCACGGGAAGAUUGGGUGCAUGCUGAGCAUCCUUGGGUCCACUGUCAUGGUCAUCCACGCACCUGCAGAGGCCGAGGUCACCAACCUGAACACACUGUCACAAAUGCUGAUAGAACCUGCUUUCAUCACGUAUGGUGUCAUCGUGGUCAUUAUCUCCCUCGUCCUCAUCUUCUACUACGGGCCAAAGUACGGCAAGACCAACAUCCUCAUCUACAUCGCCAUCUGCUCCAUGAUUGGUUCGCUGUCCGUCAUGGCGUGUAAGGGUCUCGGCCUCUCCCUGAAGCAGACGUUCGGCGGAGACAACCAGCUGACCAACCUGCUGACAUGGUUCUUGCUGGCGUCGCUGGUCGCCUGUGUGACGGUCCAGAUGAACUACCUGAACCGCGCGCUGGACAUCUUCAACACCUCCAUCGUCACCCCCAUCUACUAUGUCUUCUUCACCACCUUCGUCAUCAGCGCAUCCGCCAUCUUGUACAAGGAGUGGGAGCUCAUGACACCCAAAGACAUUAUCGGAACCCUGAGCGGUUUCCUCACUAUUGUCUUCGGCAUCUUCCUGCUGCACGCGUUCAAGGACGUGAACUUUUCCCUGUCCAACCUCCCCACCUUCAUGAGGAGAGACGAGCCAAAGGAAAUACACUUGUCGAACGGGAGCACCACAUCAUUAUUACAGGACCCUCCUUCAGAAGAGGAGGUGGUUAGAUGAUCACAGAAAGUUGGGAGUUAAGGUCAGUUAAGGUACUUAGGGUCAGUCCAGUUUUAUUCCAGGGUUUCUGAACUGAAGGAGUACAGAAGCAGAUUGAAUUGUUUUGUCACCUGUAGCUGUAGUUAAUAGCAGCACAUUUAUCUCAGGGCUUUGUAGAGUCUCACUGCAGUUUUAUAUAGAAAAAAAAGAACUCUGAUGGGAAUAAUAAGAGUGGCCUAACCCAUGAAAAUAUAGAAAGGGGAAUGAAGCACUGCUAGUAACUUAACAUAUCAUGUUCUACACAUCUUUAUAAUACAUGGUGACUUUACAUGGGAUAGUCAGCUAGGUUUGUCAACAUCAUGGAACAUAAGCCACCAUUUGCGAGAAUUAUUGCCAAAGCUGGAAUAAUAGUUUUGUUAUUGCUAUGUACCCCCCUCCCCAGUGUCUACCCAUUGUUGAUCCUGCUUUUAUUCAUUCCACCUGAAACAAAAGAAAUGGUUCAGAGCCUUGUAGUAAUAAACAUUGAAACAAUGUAAAACAUUGAUUAUACAGAAUGGAAUAUGAACAUAUCCAAUGUAAUAUUUCAAUUUCGUAUUGAAGAAAGAUGUCACUUAAUCUUUAUCCACUCAAACUAACCAGUGUGCCAUGGUCGAUUUGGUACCUGGAGGUAUUGUAGGAGUGCUAGAGGUUCAGUGCAAUACAUGUACUUUUAGUUCUGCCACAGAUUGAUGUUAAGAGUUCUAUGUUAUAUGAACUUGUAAAGUUUGUCAAUCAAUCAUUUUUGUAAUAUAUAUUUGAAAAUCUUGACUAUAUAGAGUAUUUUACUCUGAGAUGAAAGCUGCUGUAAAAUUUUGUAUGCUCAGAGCUGAUUGAUUUGUUUUACUUAUAUUUUGUCUUAACAUAUCUCAUUAAUUUGCUGAUAUGUACGUUGUUAUGUUUAGUUUCUAACAUUUUUUGUUUAUAAACAAAUGGGUUGUAUCAGGUUCAGUGAGAUAUAUUUUGUUGUAAAUGUCAAUUGUCAAUCAAUAAAAUUUUAUAGCUGGUUUGUAAAAGAAAUUCUUGUUACUUAGUACUAUAUGACUGAGAACCUGUGGAGGUGUCAGUCGGAAACUGUCUAGAGUGUACUUAACCCCCUGUACUUGUGUGUGUGUUUUAUUUGUCAUACAUGUAGUUACCUCUUUUAUUAACAAUUCGAAUGAACCUUCAGACAAUUCUAUUAUGAUGAAUAUCAAUAACCUAAUUUACUGUUGUGGCUGCUUCUCAAACUGGUUGGCAGUCAUGGUGUUGUGAUAAGGUAGACUCCAUGUUAGUAUUGUAAAUACUGGUGUUGUCAUGGUUGUGGGGUACAGCAAUUUCUAAUGGUAGGACAGCAUUUAAUCCAGGCUAACCUAGAACAUGUCUUUUGCACCCUUUGUGACACAGUCAUGGUUUUCUUCAUCCACAUAUGUUGUAAAGACACAAUUUAUUGGGUUUAUCUCAAAUAUUAGUAAACAGCCUAGAGAGCUGUAAGAUACAAGGGACCUGGAACAAUAUGCCUUUGAGAUAUGCAACCCAUGAAUAUUUGGUGUUGGUGAAUCGUGUCAUUUUUAUGCGUUCAACAAAAUGUACAGUACCAGUAUGUAUGCUAUUCCACUACCAGACACUGGCUAGCAAUACCUUGUACCCGUAGUGCCUUAGACUGAAGUUUGUCUUAGGUCCAACACUGUUUAAUCAUACACUGUGACACUCUUCAGAACUCUGCAGUAUCCCUCAUACAAGAUAGAUUGCCCAGUGUGUAUUUUGAUAUAAGGAUAAAAAUUGUCCUAUAUUGCUAUUUAGAUUCUUUCACAUUUCUGCAAAAUGAUUAUGUACAUUUUUCAAUUAUAAUUGCAGUACAUUGUGUUUUCUAUGUAUAUUCAGGGUGAAGUUGAGUUUUGUAGAGACCAUCACAAUGAUGUGCAAGAUCUAUUUAUGUUUUUGUUUGUGUGAAAAUAAAUAGAAUUCAUGGAUAAAGCA